AUGUGCUACUACAGCAACUACUACGGAAACCUGGGCUAUGGCUAUGGUGGCCUAGGCUGUGGCUAUGGUGGCCUGGGCUAUGGCUGGGGUGGAUAUGGAUUUGGCUGCUGCCAUCCAUCUUGCUGUGGCAGAUACUGGUCCUAUGGAUUCUAUUGA